UUCCCCCUCCCUCCAAUUGCACCUGCUCCUGUCAAUCAGCGCUUUUCUAUGCCCGAAGCAACUGUCACCCCUUGCGAUUCUGACAACCGGGCCAGCUGGGAGCAAGGCACUGAAAAAAGAAUGUUAGCGUGUAUUCCCCCCCUAGACUGUGCCUUAAAUAUCUUCCAUGCAAUUCACCAUAGUUAAUUAUAGCUUCCACAUGAGACAGAGGUAGACCCCACUCGGUUGGACUGGCCAGUUUGCUCUUCGCUUAACCGCACUCAAGAUCUCUACUUGGUGUUGUAAAAAACCAAAGUGCCCAAAAUGUCUAAGGUAGAAGAGAUUGAGGAUUUAAAUGAAGAAGAUAUUGAUGAAGAUGAGCUCCUUGCUAUGCUGUCACCAGAGGAGCUUAAGGAGCUUCAGAGUGAAAUGGAUAUUAUGAUUGCUCCGGAUGAAACCGUACCUGUGGGACAAAGGCAAAAAGACCAGACAGAAAAGGCUCCAACAGGAUCAUUUGAUCAUCGGUCGCUUGUUGAUUACCUAUACUGGGAGAAAGAAUCAAAACGAAUGCUUGAGGAGGAGAGAGUGCCUGCUACUUUGCUACCAAGUGAGAAAAUUCUAAGGGAAGAGGCUGAGAAAAAAGAACAAGAAGAAACAGCUGAUAAUGAGGACAUUGUGUAUGAAGUGAUAGAAGAGGUAAUAACAGAAGAGGGUAUAGACGACGAUGGCACGGAGGAGAUAAUUGAAGAAAUUAUUGAAGAAAUUAUUGAGGAAGAAGUGGAAGAAACGUGUCCAAAAAGUGAUGAAACAGAGAAGAAAACUGUCACAACAGAGCAAGCAAAUACCACUACAGAAGUUACAAAAGAAAAGGAAGAGACUGAGAGUAAAGAAGUAAUUGAAAAGAGCAAGGAUGACAAGCAAAGUCCUGAAGAUACGGAAAAGACAAAAGAACCGAGCGUUCAAACUGAGAUUUCACACUCAGAAGACAGUAAACAGCAAGCAGAAGAAGAGGUCAAAGGAGCACAAGAAGAGGUCAAAGGAGCAGAUUCGCCUUCUCCUGCUGAUGAGGUGAAGGAAUCCACUUACAAACCGCCUCCGAAAGAAGAAAUGAAAAUAAACAAAUUAAAAAUUCCACAGCUAGCACUGCCAAAUAUAAAAAUGACUUCAAGACCUUCGGGUAACGAGACAAACUUGGACUCCACUCUCGACAAAAUUCGCAAUAACAAGCCAUCUGUAACUGAGGUCAACCUUAAUAACAUAGAAAACAUUCCCAAGGAGAUGCUACUAGAUUACGUCAACGUCCUGAAGAAGAACAAGCAUGUGAAAACUUUUAGUAUAGCCAACACAGGUGUGGAUGAAAACAUCGCUUUCCACAUCGCAAAUAUGUUGAGGGAAAACCGCAGCAUCACAACAUUAAACAUUGAGUCAAAUUUCAUCACAGGGAAAGGAAUUGUGGCUAUAAUCCGCUGCCUUCAGUUCAACGAGACGCUGACAGAGCUGCGUUUUCACAACCAAAGACACAUGCUAGGUCAUCAUGCCGAAAUGGAGAUCUCUCGCUUGCUCAAAGCCAACAACACAUUACUGAAGAUGGGCUACCACUUUGAACUGCCUGGUCCAAGAAUGGUGGUGACAAAUAUAUUGACGAGGAAUCUGGAUAUGCAGAGACAGCUGAGAAAGGAGGAGCAGAAACAGCAACAGUUAAAAGAACAAAAAGAGAUGCUACAGAUGUACGAAAACAGUCUUAAUCUACCACCUGGUCUACUACAAAUGCUGGGAUAUCCCAUAGAAGUGUUACAAGAACAUGGGGUAAUUCCCCCAUUGGAGGCUCUUACUGAAUCAAAAGUACAGCAUGAAGCAAAUAUACAGCACGACAAAGGGCCUCAAAAGCAGCUUAAGCACAAGAGCAUUCCCAAACCCAAGCAAGAAUCAGCAAAGAACAACCCAUUAAAGGACGUCCAACUGAAGAAAACGCCCAAGAAGAGAGACCCCUUUUUAGACAUAGACCCCCGAGAGAGGGCCGAUAACAAGUCGGGUUUUCAGCUUAAGAAGACCCCCAGAGUGAAGGAUACAGCAGGCGAAGGGGCGACAGAUGAAAAACCAAACCUGGGAGCUCUUAUAAAGACUUUGAAACCGGUUCCACGGAGAAGAGUGCCCCCAAAAGUCGAUGUCACUCCAAGAGACAUGCUUCUAAACCAGAUUAAGCAGAGCAACGUGGCAUACCUCAAAUCUGUGCCACUCCCUAAAGCACUGGAAUCAAGUGAAACGAGUCUCAUUUAAGGCUUGAUCCAUUUAUUAUUAUGUAUUCACUUUGGAUGUGUCCAACCAGUUAACCUGUCACUAUGUACCCACACACCCAAGUUGUUCAUCUCUGU